GUUGGCAUUACUAUAUCCUAAGUAGUCACGUGAAAAAUAUCUCUUUAUUUAAUUGCAACCAAACAGUAUUGAACGUAAAGUUUAUUGAAAUACAGGACUUAAAUGGCAAGCGCAGUACCUGGAAUAACUGCAGAGGGUAAUGACAUUGACGAGGAGGCUGCAAAAAUAAAUACGCUACUCGCCUCGGCAAAAAACGGAAACUGGGACAAAGUAUGGGAGAUACUUGGAUCGCCAGAAAAACCAAAAAACGAACGUCUUUUUAAUGUCAUACCAGAAAACAGACGAUGGGGUAUUCUUCACCAAGCUAUUUACUGGAACAAUAAAACAUUGUUACGUUACUUACUGAAAUAUCCUGCCUGCGAUUCUAAAAUACACACAAAGCAGUGUACGUCUGAAUGUGGUGAUACAAGUGGGAAAUGUGCAGAGGAAAUAGCAGAGCAGUAUAAAUACAUGGAACUAGCCCACCUUUUAUCCAAACACGACAAUCGUAUAGAUCACCAAGACACGCCGACAUUUGAAUCUUACUUUAACAACAAUCAAAAUAAUGGCCUAGGUUUAUUAGCGGUUUCAUUGGCAGCCUACAAGAGCACUUUCCACCCGAAACCAAUUGAUCCAAAGAAGUCAAUAAUAGCCAUUUUAGGUGACAUAUUCAAAGAUAUAAACCAGUCAUCAAAAAGAUGGAAAGAAGUCCAAGACAAAGUAUGUGAUUCCGUUUAUGUCAUCUGUGAAGAAAACAGCACAAGAAUAAAGCGGAGCCGUAACGUUCAUGAAUUCUUUGUGAAUAUCAUCGACACAUACACAGAAGAACAAAAUUACAUGUACACAUAUCUGAAUGUUGCAUUUCGACGACAAAGGGAGAAGAACUACAGGCCUACCGGAAAUGAUCUAUCGCUUGGUCCAUAUGCGGUCAUGUACCAGAUGUUGUUGCUGUACUGGGAAGAGCUUCCUCGGGAAAGUGGCGAAACGUAUCGCAAGAUGUUUCUAGUUAAAUCAGAUGCUGACCAGUAUGUUGUCGGGAAAAGAUUUGUGUGGCAAUCAAUUGUAUCCUCUUCAGCUGUUCUCGAAAAUGCUAUUCCCUUCCCAACAUGCGGCCCAGAAGGUGAACAAUCUGUCAUAUUUACUAUUGAUAACAAAGCAAACUGCUUGUGGCAGCCUAGAAAUAUAGAGAAAUACGCAAAAUACAUUGAACAUGAGAGAACAUAUCCAGCCGGUGCAAAGUUUAUAGUAAGAAGCAAAAGCAAGAAAGGUUCAGACUGGCAUAUCGCUUUGAAAUUGUUACCUUUUUAGGCAGAUUAUGAACAUUGAUAAGCAUCAUGAAUUAUAAAGUUAAGAACUAAAGAAAAAUAAAAAAAAAUACGAUUUCUCAUUUAUUUGUGUAACUUAAUCAUAAAACUGACUUCUAAAAAUUAAGUUCCUAUAUAUAAAAGUACAAAUUUUUCAUAAUAAAUUACAUGUAUUUUAAAGUAUAUAAUGAAGAAUAUAAUUUUCUAUAACAAAUAAAUGUUAAGAAUUCGUCAAAAAGAUUGAAAGAAGUCCAAGAUAAAAGAGCUAUAAAUGCAGCUUUUGCAUGUAUUGAUUAAAUAAUGUUUAAAUUUGGAGGAAUAAUUCUAAUUCAAAGUUGAUUUAUUUCCAAUUGUCAAAUUUUUGUAAGGAACUGUUAGUUACGAGAAACAAUUAGCAUGGAAUUUGAUUUUUAUAGGCUUUAAACUAACAUUUUGCUAUUGUUCUAUUGUCAAGUUGAGGUGAAAUAUAAAAACAGUGUUCCACUCUUUUUAAACGGAACAUAAACAUGUUAUAUAAGAAUCGUAAUAAAUCAAACGGUUGUGCUUGCCAUGAAUAUGUCAAUUUUCUACAGCUGUAAGUACUUCUUUUCAAAAAACAGACUCAGUAUAUUAUGAAAUGUAUUAAUAUUUUUGACUAUUGUCAGAAAGUUUGAACGGUUCUGAUAUACACAGAGAAUUUAUUUGUAUCUUAUUAAUGUAAUAUUCAUUGAAUGUGUCGCUCUUGUAAAUAUAAUUAACAUAAAAAAAUUAAACACGUAUUUGUAAAAACAUAUCCGUAUAGCUGUAAAGGGAAUUUUUGAUAGAUACAGUUACCGCACCCCGUUUACAUGAAAUAAAACUAAGUCUCUUAAGAAUAUUUAAAAAAAUGUUUGCUACUGAAAAUUUGAAUAUUUAGCCACUUAAAGUAAAAGUUGAGUUAUAUUCUCAAAAAUAUUUUCAAUGUUGACUUGUGAGGCAAUUUAAUUGAAAGUGAUGCAAGAAUCACCCAUAUCUAACUUUAUUUUACGUAGACACAGUAUUUUUGCUCUGAAAAUAACUCUAAACAUCGGGAAAGAUUUUAUAUUAGAGAUAUAAUAAUUUGCUUACUUUAUAAGGGAUAAAAUAAUGCAUGAAAUAAAAUAAAACAAAAAACAAUUUAAAUGCUUUUAUUGCCAUUUUUAUGAAUGCAGCUUUUAAGAUCAAGUAAAUGAUGAACUUCUUCCCUGUCUACAAAAAAAAACAACAACA